CUGGUGCUCCUUGGCUGCGGGCUGAAGAGAUCCGUGGGUGCUGCUGGAUGGGGACCCCACGACCCUGGGAGAAAUAAGGGCGUGGGGACGUCGGCUUCCCGGCCCUGCCUCUCCCGGGGCCCCGCUUCUGGCCACAGUCCCAUCCAUGAGCUGGGGGGUGCCGCAAGAGGAAAGGGGUGCACACUGCCUCGUGGGGAUGGAGACCCCCAGGGAGAGAGAAUGAGCUUCCCGUCAGAGGACCGGGCUCUGGCCGCAGAACCAGGGUCUCCAGCUGCACCUCCUCUCCUCUGCCUGUGAACCUCUCCUGGGACACCAUGGACCCCUGUCCGCCUCGGGCACCUUCCUCCCCCAAGAGGUGCCCGGGCUCCCCCUCCGCCCCAGGACCCCUGGCUCCCCAGCCACCCCCAAGGCCAGGCCGCCACCUGCUGAUCGAUGGCAAUGGUGUCCCGUACAUGUAUACCGUUCGUCUGGAUGACGAGCAGCCACCGAGGGAGCUGGAGGUCCCCCAAGGGGAGGCGGCAGGGAGCAUGGGGGCCCCAGCCCAGGGCUACCGCUGCCCAGAAUGCUUCCAGGUCUUUAAGAGCCCCCUUUACUUGAAGCGGCAUGGAAUCUCACACUCGGACCUUCGACCCUACGUCUGUGGGGUAUGCGCCAAGACCUUCAAACGAUCCAGCAGCCUGUGCCAACACCGCCUCAUCCACCGUUCGGGGGGCAGCCGUGCCCACGCUUGUCCCCUCUGCCCACGCCGCUUUCUGGAUGCCCGAGAGCUGGCGCAGCACAUCCGAGGACACUAAAGCAGAAAACCCCACCUCACCACCCGAUGAGAUGGAGAUAACUCGUGUAUCACAAGGCUCACUCCUUCCACCUGAGCCUCAGAGCCUCAAGGGUCCUGGAGUCUAACCUGGCUAGGAAGCUCUCUUGUCCUGUGACUCAGAGGUCUCCCUCUGGACAAUAGGGGCCCCUGAUUCCAGUCCUCCCUGUCCCUCUGCAGUACUGUAAAGCUAAAGAGGCGGACGAGCUACAUAGAGGAACCAUUUGUUACUGAGGCCUUAGGCCUCUGUGUUUCCCCCUGCCCCACCCCCACUGUGCCUGGCACGACAUAGGUGCUGAAUAAAGACUUGUUGAACUGA